CUCUGAGCAUGGUUCUUUCAACUUGCAGGGCUGGCUUAACGUCUCCAUCAUAGGUGCCAGCCUUACUGAGGCCCCAAAUAUGGCCCAGGUAGAGCAGACUGGACCAAGGGGUCCUGCACCUCAGAGCCCCUGCUCUUGGUUCAAAGGGUUCAGGCCCUGCCCCCCUCCUGGCUCGAACCGGCUUUGAUGUGCAGAUGAGUUCUGGAAGGGGCCGCUUCACACCUAAGGCUUGAGAUAAAGCUGCAGCAGACCCAAGGGUCAGGCCUCCGCUGCCAUGGCCCAGCCUCAGUGCGCGCCGCUCUCCGAGUCCUGGAUCCCCAGUCCUGCUGGUCUGCGGCCACCGAUGCUUUCCGAUGGGGACAGCGUCUGCUCCCCAGCCUGGUCCUCGGACUCGUGGGACGGUGCCCAGGCCAGCAGCCCCGCACCACCCUGCGCCCGCCCGGCCCGGCGUGCUGGGACCCCCGGUAGGCGCGGGACGCACGGCAGCCGCCUGGGUAGCGGACAGCGGCAGAGCGCCAGCGAGCGCGAGAAACUACGAAUGCGCACGCUCGCCCGCGCGCUGCACGAGCUGCGCCGCUUCCUGCCGCCGUCGGUGGCACCUGCAGGCCAGAACCUGACCAAGAUCGAGACGCUGCGCCUGGCCAUCCGCUACAUCGGUCAUCUGUCGGCUGUGCUGGGCCUCAGCGAGGACAGCCUUCGGCGACAGCGGCACGAGGUGUCACCUCGAGGCUGCCCGCUGUGCCCCGACAGUGGCCUGGCGCAGUCGCAGUCGCUCGGUCCGCGUUUAAGCCCGGCCGCCUGCAGCGGGGUGUCAUGGGGGUCCCCGCCUGCCUACUCUAGACCCCGAGUCGCCGCAGAAUCGUGGGACUCAUCGUUCCUGUACGCAGAAACAGCAUCCCAGGAAUGGCAGGAGAUGGAGCCCAGCCCCUCGUCUCCGCUCUUCAGCAGCGACAUGUUGGCUUUUCUAGAAACCUGGACGCCGCAGGAGUGGCCGCCUGCCUGAAGAGUCGAAGGAACAAUGCAAUGGACGACUGUCACCCUGUCUGAGCACAGACACGUCCUUUCGUCUUAGCACCUUCCAAGGGAGUGGUUCCUGGAAGAGGCGCCAGUGAUACCAACAUGGGCAUUCCUUGGGUGGGAGCUGGUCCUCAAUCUAGACUGUACCUUUCCAGUCCUCCUUGGAAGGAGGGCCCAAUAGGGUGCACGCUCUAAAGCGGAAGCAGGCACAAGUUCUGCCUGGUGUGUAUUUAUUUAUUUGUGAAUAAACCGUUUGUACUAGUGUCA